AAAACAGAUCAGCAGCCCCGAUGAUCGCAGCACGGCCGCAUGUCUGCACAAGAAGCUCUUUUUUAAGUCAACUUCAACCUUCAACCUGAAAGCUUUGAUCAAACUUCCCAGACUGGCAGCGGAAAAGAGGCGCCAAAACAAGCAAGCAAAGAUCGGCAGCUUUGUGUUGGAAGAAGAUGGACGAUAAAAACGAGUUGGACGCCACUUUUUCUACUCUGCAUUAAGGAUAGCCGCAAACUUGUCGUCCAAACUUUUCCCCAACUUUUGUUCAUGGAGGUCGGCGUCAAGCAGAGAGACGCUCGUUCGCUUGCUGUGGCGGUACCGACCCAGUCCUGAAGGAAUCCCGCAACGGCCAAAAGUUGACUCAGAAAGAGCGAGUGGGACGUCUUCCGUUUCGAGGUGAAAAGAUCCUGCGGUGGAGUAGCUGUUGAAGAUUAAACGAGCAGCAUGGAAACUUCAACUGCGACUGCCACUGAGAAAAAGGAGUCCAAGGGUCCUGGUAUAGAUGGAAGCAGCUUCUCAGAACUCCCAAAGAAGCCGUCACCCACCUCCAGAGGUGUCCAUCAUAUAUUCCCUACAUUUCACACACCUAUCCCAAUCGACAUGAGACACCAUGAAGGGCGGUACCAUUACGAGCCCCACCCACUACACCCCAUGCAUGGAGCUACAGGACUGACAGGCAGUCCAGUUAUCUCCGAUAUCUCCUUGAUUCGCCUAUCACCUCAUGCACCGACUGGGCCGGGUGAGUCACCGUUCAGCCCUCCGCAUCCCUACGUCAGCCCCCACAUGGAGCACUACCUACGCUCGGUGCAUGGCAGCCCCACCCUCUCCAUGAUCUCUGCAGCACGAGGACUGAGCCCCGCCGAAGCAGUCACCCACGAACACUUAAAAGACCGAUCCCUGUUCAGUCUCCCUCCACCACCACCUGGGGCCAACCCCACGGAAUACUAUCAUCUGAUGGCCAGUGCCGGGCAGCGCAGUCCGUAUGGCGACCUUUUGAUGCAGAGUGGUGCAGCGGGUGCAGCGGCUGCAGCUGCAGCAGCGGCGGCGGCGGCAGCGGCGGCGGCAGCAGCCCACCUACCAGAUUACAUCAGUCCUGUGGAUGUUUCACGCUUCUCCAGUCCACGGCUGACACCCCGACUGAGCAGGAAGAGGGCGCUGUCCAUCUCGCCGUUGUCAGAUGCGAGCAUCGACCUCCAGACGAUGAUCCGCACUUCGCCUAACUCCUUGGUCGCUUACAUCAACAACUCCAGAUCCAGCUCGGCUGCCAGCAGCUCUUAUGGGCACCUGUCGGUUGGAGGGAUCAGCCCCUCAUUCAGCUUCCCUCAUCCCAUUAAUCCGGUGGCGUAUCAGCAGUUGUUGUCUCAGCAGAGGGGUCUGAAUGCCUUCGGCCACACUCCUCCGCUCAUUCAGCCGUCCCCGUCCUCUUUCUCUGCGCGCCAACAUCCCCUGGCCACGCCCCCGAUGCCCGCCGCUCACAACAGCACCAACUCAGAAGCUAACCAGAACGCUAGUGGAGAUCCAGCCGUGAGCAGCACGGUCAACCAACUGAACUCCAAGAGGACCAAGGUUAAGAUGGAGGCAGAAGGCCCACUGCCCAUCUCACCAACUUCUCAGGACCAGAGUGGAGGGAUGUUGGACUUGAGUGAAGAUCUGGAUAAAGACGAGUGCAAGCAGGAACCCGAGGCCAUAUACGAGACCAACUGCCACUGGGAGGGUUGUAGCAAGGAGUAUGACACCCAGGACCAACUUGUCCAUCACAUCAACAAUGACCACAUCCAUGGCGAGAAGAAGGAGUUUGUGUGUCGCUGGGAGGAGUGUACACGGGAGCAGAAGCCUUUCAAGGCCCAGUACAUGCUGGUGGUCCACAUGAGGAGACACACGGGCGAGAAACCACAUAAAUGCACAUUUGAGGGCUGUUCAAAAGCAUACUCCCGUCUUGAGAACCUCAAGACCCACCUCCGGUCCCACACUGGCGAGAAGCCCUACGUGUGUGAACAUGAAGGCUGCAAUAAGGCCUUCUCCAAUGCUUCAGAUCGAGCCAAGCACCAGAACCGCACACAUUCUAAUGAGAAACCAUACGUAUGUAAAAUCCCGGGUUGCACCAAACGCUACACAGACCCCAGCUCUCUCAGGAAACACGUUAAGACUGUUCAUGGACCUGAAGCUCACAUCACCAAGAAACAGCGAAGUGAUGCUCCUCCGAGACUUCCGCCGCCUAAAGACAACGGAGAGAACGAUUUCCAUUCCAAGAAUGGCACAGGAAGUAUGGAUGACACGAGCGACGCCAAAGGCACCUCGAGAGGCAUGGAAGACUGCCUCAAAGUCAAAUCAAUCAAGACUGAAAAUUCUAUCAUGUAUCAGUCCAGUCCUGGUGGUCACUCAUCAUGUAGCAGUCAGCCGUCACCUCUCAGCAGCACCAACAACAACGACAGUGGGGUAGAGAUGGCAAUGCACAGCGGGGGCAGCUUCGGAGACCUCAGUGCGCAGGACGAGUGCCCCAUGGUCGACUCCACUGUUCCCGCCGGGGGCCAACAGGCUGGGUUGGGGCUCCAGUUAAGGAAAGCGGUGGGUCACUGUGGAAUCAAAAUGGAGACGAUCAAGAAAGAAAGACUGAAGACAUUGAGGGACCCUUGUCCGUGGGUCAACUCGGCACCACAGCUGCCGCAGGGCCAUUGCAACAGCACAAAGCUGCCCCCCAUACCUGCGGUUGGUUCCCUGAUGGAGCACUCCAACCUGACAACGAAUCUGGGCAUCUCACACCCUGGCCAACGCUCCGGAGAUCAGUCUUUAUGUGAAGUCACUUUGCUGAACCAGCUGAACGAUCGGCGUAACAGCACAACCAGCACCAUCAGCUCAGCAUACACCAUGAGUCGGCGUUCCUCCGGCAUUUCACCGUGCUAUUCCAGCCGGCGUUCCAGCGAAGCGUCACAAUUUGGGGCUAACCGUCAUAACAAUAUCAGUUCAGCUGAUUCCUACGACCCAAUUUCUACUGAUUUGUCCCGCCGUUCCAGUGAGGCUAGCCAGUGUGGGGGUGGCGGCGUCGGUGGAGUAGGAGGUGGAACUCUCCCGAGCCUUCUCAGUCUAACGCCAGCUCAGCAUUAUCGUCUAAAAGCGAAAUACGCCGCUGCCAUCGGCGGCGCUCCGCCGACGCCUCUGCCGAAUAUGGAACGAAUGAGUCUUAGGACGCGCAUGACGCUCUACGGUGACGCUCAGGAAUGCUCAUUGCACCAAUACCACCAACCCGCCUCUGGAAAUGUGCCUCGGCGAUGCAGCGAUAUUGCAUAUGGCAACCACAGCAUGAUGCCCCAUGAGGUGCCUGCGAACAUUCCACGCCGAGCCAGUGACCCGGUGUGCCGUCCCACCGUUGACCCGCUUGCCUUUCCGGCGGUGCAGCGGUAUAACAGCAUGAACAGCAUGAACAGUUCCUCGGAACGUCACCAAGCAUUGUCCAUGCAGGGUUACACUCGCUCGGAUGGCAACCUGCAACGCUACCCGUUUGCGCCGAGACCCCCAAGCAUUUCAGAAAAUGUUGUUAUGGAAAACAUGGCAGUAGAUGGGAUCUUGACUGGGAGCGAACAAGGUACAGAGGAUGAUAUAGUUCUUCCGGACGACAUGGUGCAAUACCUGAGGUCCCAAAACCCUGGAAGUCAAGGUCACAACUUUGGGCAAGGGAACUACAAACUUAAUAACCAGUCUCAGGGCUAUCAGACAGGACUUGCCCCACCGGCGUCACUUUAUUCCCAGAGAAGGAUGGCAAUGGCUGAGCCCUCAAUGCCGCAGUCGGGUCAGGAUAUGGAUCACAGUGGCUCCCAACAGCUCUCGGCGUCAUCACAUCCGAAUAAGAAUAAUAUGCCGGUGCAGUGGAAUGAAGUGAGUUCAGGGACGGUGGACACCGUAACCAGGCUCUCGAAACAACACCAACACUCUCUCAGGGGAAACCUUGCCCUUGUUCCUCAGAGGCACAAUUUUGGUUCUUUCCAGUCACAAAGUCCGAACCUUAGCAGCAACCAGCAGGUACUAUCAAUGAGCCAGAAUAUGUUUAUGCAAGGCUAUGCAAACCAUAGCAGCAGAAGGUUGAAUAAUCCGCCACCACAAAGACAGUGCAACAAUUCUAACUUAAAUGAAGAAAUGACCGUACCAGGAUUCUGUCAGGAUUCAAUCCAAAAUUCCAUUUCAGCGACCAAUAACGUGAGACCCACUCGGAAUGCCGCAGUGGCUCAAGAACUGCAAGGUUACAGAGGAAGAACACAACCUGGUGUGUAUUCCCACGUGAACCACGAACAGCAGCACCAUGCUGGGUCUCAACAGGACAAUAUCCAUAAUGGCGGCAGGGGAAUAUUACAACCAAGACCUCCAGUAGACCCCAAACAUAAUAUAAGACACACCGGGUCUGGAAUGACUCAGUUGAACCGAGUACCCAGGUUAGUUGAUGUGACCCCCAGCCUGCGUAAUGACACCUCAGAGGCAAGUCCAAAAAGGCCCAGCGGGUCAGGAACGCAACAAAACAACUCUGCGGUGAAUCCAAACUUCCACACAAGACAGAUUCAAAUGUUUGACCAAACUCCUCCCAGUUUGGACGCGCCAGUGUCCCCCAGUGUAAACCAGCCCCCUGCCAAUCACAAUCUAACUCCAAGCAACAUGGCGUCACCAGGGGUCAAUCAGGUCUCCAGCAGUACCGCCGAUUCUUCCACAGGUGGAAUCGGUUGUGCAGAACACACCCAAAUAGAUUUUGACUCCAUGUUAGAUGAUGGGGAUCAUUCCAGUCUGAUGUCGGGCACAUUGAGUCCUGGUCUUCUGCAGAGCCUUUCCCAGAAUUCAUCUCGUCUCACCACACCUCGUAACUCUGUUACCCUUGCAUCUGUACCGGCGGGGAUCGGUAACAUGGCCAUUGGAGAUAUGAGCUCCAUGCUGACAGCGUUGGCUGAAGAAAGUAAGUUCCUCAACAUGAUGAGUUGAGCAAGAACAUCUUAGAAGCUCUUUACCCUCAACCGUUUAUAUAUCGGGAAUAUAUGGACAUGAAAAAGCACUGAUUGGACAGUAACAGAGUGGCCAUUUUCUCUUGUUUUGUUGUCAUUGUCAGAUGGAUUGUGAUAUUUGCAUCAAACAUAAAAGUGUAUAGGAUACUUUAAGAAUCACUCCAUAGUUCUAAGGACUGAUCCCCUGCUCAUAUGAAGAUUACUCCCUAUUAUAAAUACAUAUACAGUCCAUUUAGGUUUAUUUUAACAGGGAUGGAAUAUCAAGAUAAUUAAUAAUACAUGAAACAAAUGUUAUAUAUUUGUACUUAAUUGAGUGAGAUAAGGGCUGCACGGUGGUCGAGUGGAUAGCGCGCAGACCUCACAGCUAGGAGACCAGGGUUCAAUUCCACCCUCUGCCAUCUCUGUGUGGAGUUUGCACGUGUGGGUUUUCUCCGGGUUAACGUGCUAGGUUAAUUAGCGACUCCAAAUUGUCCAUAGGUAUGAAUGUGAGUGUGAAUGGUUGUUUGUCUAUAUGUGCCCUGUGAUUGGCUGGCCACCAGUCCAGGGUGUACCCCGCCUCUCGCCCAAAGACAGCUGGGAUAGGCUCCAGCACCGCCCGCGACCCUCGUGAGGAAAAGCGGUAGAAAAUGAAUGAAUGAGUGAGAUUAGUAUAUGAUCAGGCUGCACGGUGUGGGAGUGGUUAGCACACAGGCCACACAGCUUGGAGACCCGAGUUCAAUUCCACUCUCUGCAAUAUUUGUGUGGAGUUUGCAUGUUCUCGCAGUGUUAUGCACUAACUAGUUACCUGUUUUUAAUUUUUAUUCAAUACCCCCAUGACAAUUAUUGUACCCCAGGGGUCGAGUAGCCCACCUAGGGAACGUAGGUUCUAGAAUACUGGAAAAUAUUACGUCUUAGUCAUUAAAAGAGGAUGUGUGAUUCCUGAAACGACGAAAGAAACACAAAAUUAAAUAUUUAUUUUGUCAAAACCUUUGACCUAAAACGCAUUAAUUUACUCUUACAAAGUGCAAAUCAAGUAUUUAUCAAAAAUAAUCAUAAUAAAAGUAUAUAUAUUACAACAUUUUUAACAAUUGCAAUUUCAGUAAACAGAAAAUAUACCAAAAUGUGAUAUAUUCUUGAAAGUUUUUCUUAAUUAUGUGAAAUAAGUGAUAAGUGAAAAUUUGUAGGGGCUGCACGGCGACCUAGUGGUUAGUACGCAUGCCUAACAGCAAGGAGACCCGAGUUCAAUACCACCCUCGGCCAUCUCUGUGUGGAGUCUGCACAUUCUCCCCGUGCAUGCAUGGGUUUUCUCCGGGGAUUCCAAAAACAUGCUAGGUUAAUUAGCGACUCCAAAUUGUCCAUAGGUAUGAAUGUGAGUGUGAAUGGUUGUUUGUCUAUAUGUGCCCUGUGAUUGGCUGGCCACCAGUGUAGCCCGAAGACAGCUGGGAUAGGCUCUACCAAGUACUAAGCAAUGUUUUGUAUUGCGAUUAAAUACGUAUUGAUUAUUCUCUCUGUUAAAAUAAACAUCUAAAAAAUGGACUGUUCAUACUCAUACCUUUUGUAAUGUAACGGAAACUCAACAGGGGAUCAAAUACAUAUUUUUCCCAUUGUAUAUAAAGUAUAUAUACUGUACACUGUACUGUAGCUCACGGUGCACUGAACACAUCACAUAGUGCCUUGCAGAGAACAUCAAGGUUAAGCAUUAAUUAUCGCUACUGCAGCAGGAAAGCAGCAGGCUAUGUUUUUUUUGGAUGAUACUGUACGGUACUCGCUUUAAGUUAAGCUAUAGGCUUUUUGAUCUCUAAACUAGGGCUACCAAAUGUGUUUGUUGUGUCAUAAAGUUAAAUGCUAACCAGUUUCUUUGACAACCAAUUGACAUACAGGACAUGAUCUGCAGAAUGUUCAGAGGCCUGGUCGCCCGGCAUUAUUUUGUACAGACUUUCUUUUUGAUCAUGGUGUGACCUCUUGAGGAUGCCCCCUCUGGAUCAGAGAGGCAUGAACUUUCCCGGGUGUCAAACCUCAAGGGUAAAUAAUUGAAAAUGACAAGGGUAUGCCUUGGUCUAUGAAGGCGCACGGACCCCUGUGUGUGAUGGGGGAACAUUCUCUUAAAGAAUUUACAAGUACCUCUGUGUGUUCUUAAUGGGAGCCAAGUCUAAUUAACACAUUCAUAACAUCACCCCCAACAUUUUUUUUUUUUUUGCUGCAACCAUACGUCCCUCGGGAUUUGGAUGAACUGCAGAAUUCAGGAAGGGACAGACUUUGAUAUUCAAAAUCCAGUUUUGGCAAAUUCCUCGGUUUAAUUACGUGCUGUGUAUUUCUAAGUAGCUUUUGUAUCGGGGUGUAACGGUACGCCAUGAUCACGCUUUAGUACGUACCUCGGUUUUUUAAGGUCGUGGUUCGGUUUAUUUUGGGUACAGUAAGGGAACAAAAUGCAAACCAGUGCAAACAGCUUUAAGGAUUCGAAAAACUGCAAACUCAGAGUAGUACACUCUCCGAUAUUCUAUAAAAGGUCUGGAUUCUCCUUGGCAUCAUUGCCAUGACUCCUGCCAGCCAAUGCCUGGGCUGCGCUGUAUUUGUUUACCGUUUCUUGUCCGUGUGGGAAUUGGUACGGUUCCGUACCAAACUGAAUAUUUUGUACCGAAAAAUCAGAUUAGGAAUACAUGUACCGUUACACCCCUACUUUUUUUUAAUGUCUUUUGUUUGUGUAUGUUCUUAUAAACUUUUACAAAGUGUGUUUGGGUUUGUGUGACAGUGUAUAUAACUUUUGUACAUUUCAAAUAAAAUAUGUCCUUUUUUUGGUUUUAAA